ACAUGGCGUUGCAGAAUUGUGCCAAAUAAUAUUGUUUUCACGAUGAAAACGUAAGGUUCUGUCGAUGAUGAAAAGUGUUACAGAUAAUUUUCCAAGCUUGAACGUCAUCAUUCUGUUUUACCUUAUGUUUUUACCAACCAAUUCCAGCGAGAUCCAGUACAGGACCAAAUGGGCCAGCGAAAAGCACCACGACCUCUGGUGUUACAGGUGCGACACUAUGGUAGACGGUGAAAGUUGUCUGGAUUUGCACGGUAACUACUCCUGGAUGAACAUGAAAUGUUCCAAGGAACAGAAAAAGUGUCAGGUGAGGAGGAUAUCGAUGUCAACAAGCACUGACGAAAUCACUGGAAAACCAAAGCUCUGGCUUCUCCAAAGAAACUGUAGUGAAUCCUGUGAGCCAGGCUGUAUAGUGAUAGGGGAAAGGACUAAACUCCAUUCUUGUAUAACAUGCUGUGAUGAAAAUAACUUUUGUAAUUCCGGUAGUUUAGCCAAUGUAUUUCAUUUAUCAUCAUUAGCCCUAGCUUCUGCACUCAUUCAUAUCAUUUAUAGAAUAUCAUCUGAAUCUCUGAUUUCGAAUUUUAUACUAUCAUUGAAGUGACAUGGAAAAAGAUUUUUGUAAUAUAUGGUGGAUAUUGA